CUCUCUCUCAACCGCGCAAUUGAUUGUGAACCGCUAUGUUAUCAAAGAGAGCAGCAUCAAGUAGAUUAGCAUGUAGGCCUAAAAUCGCACUCUGUGACGAAGGUUUGACCCCAGCCUUUGCCAAUGUAGCUGACAUGUCAUCCGAAAUGUUACUCGAGCGUUAUACAGACAACUGUCUUCGAGAGAAGCGGUGAAGAGCAACAACUCCAUGCGCUGAUUACGGACGGCGGAAUAUACCACUGGGGAUUCCGAGGGCGACUAGACCGACACCCUCUCACUCUCCCUCCCUCAUUCCAGUCUCUCCCUCGCGCAGUUUUCCGUCCUGUGUCAGGAUAACAUCGCUAACAAAGAGCAUUUCUGGCGUUAAGAAACCGCACAAAUGGAAGCAGUUGAGAAAACUCUCACUUACCGAGACGACACCGGACCUUAUAGAAAGCUGCUCCCUGGAAAUGAAGACAAAAACCAGUGCAACCCUAAGGCAAAAAGUGACGAAUCCAAUUAUGUUGAUUUGGAUGAUUUACUUGAUAUGAAUUCAGAGGGCACAAAAACUGUUAAAGUGACUUUUACCGGUGACGGUAACCAGCUUGCAGUUUUCAAAUGCAACAGUGAUACGUCCAGAGAGAGGAGCCCCGGGGUUCGCGAGAUUGAUGACAAUGUGGAUCAAAUCUAUGAGGAACCAUCGAAGGACAGGUGGGCAGAUAGGCCUGUCUCGGAAGAUCACCCCAUGGACACGUAUUUGACAGAAUUUAACAGCAAUGUGGACUUGGAGAAUGACAAUACGACAGAACCCCAGAGCGAAAUUGUGCCUCGUGAUUAUAAUGUCCCCAGCGAGUGUGAGGAGUUACAAUACACAGACAUGUAUUUGAACAGUAAAACCGAAUCGGACGACGGUGAGAGCGUAGUAUUUUCAGACCAUUGUGCUCCUGAUACGGUGAUAGACGAAUCGCACUACAUUACAACGCACGAAAUCCAACUGACAGAGCUUGACCAUGAUGUCGAUUAUGAUUUUGGACGGGGAACCUGUUGGGAUAUUGAGGACGAUAAUCUGGUUUAUUCAUUUGUGGAUUAUGCCUCUUUUGAAAGCGAUGAAACAACGGAGGAAACUUUGAUAGGCCUAGUGGAUGGUAGGAGCCAGGCGAAAGUAAAAAGCAGCAAGGCGCAAUGUAAUGUGCACCAACGUGUUUCUGGUUGUGCAGUUGUCAGCACUGAGAGUGAGUUUUGUGACUCUGACAAAUGCCCCAGCUCAGAUGAAAGCAUUUGUAAAAACCAAAACAGUAGUGGGAAUUCGGCGGGGCAAAUUCACCUGUCAAUCAAGACGUCAUCAAGAGCGAUAAACGACUCUAACAAUAUCAUUGAGAAUGAAAACAUUUGUUAUAAUACCAAGCACGUGGGAGACAGGAGUCACUUCUUUUUUACAAGCACUGACGCCAGAGCGGAAGCCUUGUGCGAUAGAUCCCAAUAUUUUAUCCCGGCCCCGGGACGUCAACACUUUGCAACUAAAUUAAGAGGGAAAGAUGUUAACGAAUAUUCCAGCGGUGCGUCAAGUUCGAUAAGUGAACUGGACGACGCUGAUAAAGAAGUGCGUAAUUUAACCGCCAAAUCAUUUAGGAGUUUAGCAUGUCCCUAUUUCGAUGCUAUAAAUUUGAGCACUUCAAGUGAGUCUUCAAUGUCAGAAAAUGGGCUUGGCUUAAACAAGUGGUCAGCUUUCGUUGACCUUAAAUAUGGUAAUAUGUCACAUGGCAGAGAGCAAAAUCUAAUCGCCCAUAAGAGUGCAACUGCAACUUUUGAAAUGAGCAAGAACGCAGACUAUAAAAGUAUACAUGGUAUUGCCAUAAGCAAUAAGAAAGGACAACAAACCAAGAUGUUUUCUUUGAAUACAAAAAUAUCUAGUCCACAACAUGCAUCUUCCUCUACCCAAAACGUAGAGAUUGCAGGCCCAUUUGAACCAGGCAGUGAGGUUAUCACUUUGACAAAGACAUUGAAUUUUCGCUGUAAUGUUGAAGCGGGGUCACCUGAACCCGGGAAGUCUCCCAAAUAUUCAGAAAAUGCGUCAGGAGCACGUUCCAUUGAUGAAGUUACCGGCACCUUGCCAGCCAAGCCAGGGAAUGAAGUGAGCUACCAACACAGUGACGCGGGUGAUUGCAUGGAAGGCACACAUAAGAAGGCAAGUUUCGCAUCAAGUCUCUUAAAAAAUGUAAUUUCCAAAAAAAUGCAAUUUGAACAGGAGCGCAAGAUGGAGAGGGGGGAGAUACAGGACACGCAUCCCACGCACUCCCCAUGCUUUCAAUGCAAGGAUCAAGAUGGGAUAAGAGAGAGGGAUACAGAGAGAGGCGUGCAUAGUCAAUCCUCAGAAUCGGGUUCGGGAUACACAAGCAAUUCUUCUGAUGAACAAGGGGCUGUGGACAGUAGACCUAAUUCUUGUAACCCCAAGGAAGAGCGUACAAGAACACUAGCAAGCACUAGAACACUUCAGCCCAUAAAUGAGGCACGACUAGAUUCUCAAAAGGAUGCAUGCGAGCACACAAGAGGAUCCCUGAGCCAUUGCCAAAACAGCGCAUUCAAAUCAUGGAGGGAUGGUGAGCCAGAGCCCCGAGAUGAACAUGAAAUUCGUACCGUUUUAGAUGGGACACACUCCACAACAGAUAACACGGGGAAAAGGGAGUUAGACACCAGAGCUGUAAGUAGCAAGCUAACUACAUUGUCACACUUGUUUGUUCCAAGUUCCCAGCGUCUCCCUAAAAAUACAGAAUUGAAAGAACAGAUGUCAGACAGUACUUUACUCGGUGCGCAAAAAGAGCAACAAGGGGACCGGGAGAGAAAGUUUAGACCUGACAACAAUGCAGGAAUCGUGAAAGGGUCAAAGGCACCCGAGAUAAAAAUACGCCUGAGGAGCGUAAAAGAAAACAAAUGCAAUCCGCUAACUAUUGACAACUUGUUAACCCCUAAUAUAAGUGAUCCAAUAAAGUCAGCAGGUGACUCCAAAUGCCAGGUGCUGCCAGCGCCAGACAGAGUGCCACACUUUACAGUUAGGGAUAUAAGAGACAAUAAGUGCAAGUUUCAGACGCCAAUUCAUCAGGUAAGAGACGUACGUAAAUUGGUCAAGAGUUCAUAUCGUUUAGUCUCAGUGGAUAACAGCGAGAGUAAAGGCGCAGUCGCCCCUGCAACUGCCUCAUUACGCGAUGAUAAAGCUUCUAAGAAACAACCUGGUAUAAAAUCGCCUCCCUCUUCAAUUGUAAUAAAAUGUCAGUCUGUAAAUACAAAUAGCAGUACUAAACAAGUUGUGCUUGUAACCGAGGCUCCAAAGCAGAGACAAAUUGAGAACGAUAGGUCAUCCCCCAAACCAUCUCCAGACUGUGCCAAAAAUGAACCCACGUCGCUGCACAGGGCGACGGGCAGACCUCCAAUUGGCUUCGCUAAACACCCCAACACAGAUCAGUCCGAGGCUAAACAGAAGCAGGAAAAAAUGGUCGAGGCAGGUGAACGCAAACCGGAGUCGAAAAUACCAAAACAGGGGGCGUUAGAGAAACUAAAGGCGGCCGUUAAAACAAUGGAACAGCUUUAUGUUUUUGACAGAAAUGAAUGGAAGCGCAAGAGCCAGGCUCCCUGGCCUAUUACAGACAGUCAUGUUCUGUCACUCAUUGCUAAAGAGGAGCAUGGUGGCCCGGAGGAGAUAGGUUCAGCAGGUGGCAGAGAGAGGCUUAUUACAGAGACAAACACAGACAGGUUGCCAGAAACAUGCAACAUUCAAGAAGAGAAAGGUUGUCUAAGAAUAAUCCAUGUCCCAUUCACAAAGGACACAUUUAAAACCCAGUCACAACAAAGUAAAAUGUUUAGUAACAAGAGCGUGUUUCAUUUGGGGAACAGCAUUAAGACAGCUGUCAGUAGCAGCAGCUCUGCUAGUAGGAAUGGGCCACAACCCUGUUCUCCAUCACAUGCAACCUCUAUGGUGAAAAGCAUUAGCACUAAGACCCCGAAAGCUCCAGUGUCAUUGAAAAUAUCCCCCCCAAAACGAGCCCUGGUGGACAGGGGAAGGUUCAAAAGCAGCCCCACCACAGAGACACCACCACAGCCCAUCAAAUCUGGCAACCCAGACUCUGAAAACUACUUAACAAUACCUGUAGAAGGCAGGUAUGUCGGUCAAGUGAAACUGCCCGUUCAAGAGCAGGUAUUCCCAAACAGCCCUGCUGCCAGUCAACCUGGCAUCACCGACACCAAGAGAUCCGAGCAUAAUUCUAUCCAGUCCCCCACCCCCACUACCGCCACCAUCUACCACCACUCUCUACCAGUGGUCAAGCAAGGAGCCCCCCAGCCGCAGGUGUUCUGCUUCUCCCCGUCCAUUGCCCCCUUGCCCACAACCCCUUCGGAGGGAGACCCCUUCCAGCCUACCCAGAGGAAGAUGCUCUUUGAUCCCACCACUGGACAGUACUACCUGGUGGACACUCCGAGUGAGCCAGUCACCCGGCGUCUCUUCGACCCUGAGACGGGCCAGUAUGUGGAUGUGCCCAUGCCUAUACCUAUGCCACAGCUGCAGCCAGUGACCCCCAUGUCCGUGUCCCCCCUGGCGCUGAACACUGGGGGGCUGUACGCACCCACCUACAUGAUCUACCCGGGGUUCCUCUCACCCAUGCUUCCUGCACAGACGGUGAUGACACCCCAGGUCGCAUCCAACGUGGCAUCCCAAUUGGAGGACGAGAGCGGGGAUACGGCUCACGGGCAAUACACCCUGGUGCGUGGGGGGGGACAGGAGGGUAACAUGACGGGGGCAGAGAGCCCCUACUACAGUGCUACUGGAGGGUCAGUGCCAGCGUCAGUGCCCGUCACCUUGGGCCACCACGUCACCACCCGGGGGAGUGCGGCCUUGUCAGAAGGGAAACCACCGGUUAUCAGCAUCACGUCGCAGCAGCGCCCGAGAAUCAUUGCACCACCCUUCUUCGAUGGGACGACCAUGAGCUUUGUGGUGGAGCAUCGGUAACCACUAAGGGAAUAUACACAGAGUGCCUCUUGAGGAGCCUGUCCUGUGAUAAGUAGAUGUUUCAUGGUAAUCUUCUCACAGCCUUCUUCGCACCCAGUCCACCAAAUUCCACCUGAACCCACAAUGUUUCCAAGCCCAACCACCUGCCACCAUCACUGCCCCAUCCAACUCUAUCCUGCCGGUGGUCUUUGCAGCACGUCUGUAUCUGUAAAGCUAUGCUUCAUGCCUACUGCUUGUUUGUAAGGUAGCUAAUUGCUUUGUAAAACUGCUUUCAGAUCUGUAUUUAGAUUACAGACCAUUCCUUUUGUUCAAAAGCAAUUGGAUUCAGGCACUGCAAUAUUGUGAUUCAAAAGGAAAUAAUGUAGACUGUUUUCCAAUUAAGAUUCAACAUUUUAGACACUUUAUUGGAUCUACAAACAUUGAAUUCAGCACGUUUCCCAUCCUGCGAAGCAAACGUCUGUUUUGAAUUCAGAACAAGUUAUGUUUGUUUCUCAGUUAUUGUUGAAAAAAUUAUAUUGCAGCAUACAGUAUCAUUCAUCAUACAGUAGCAUCCAAUGUACAAGCUGCUAUGAUUAAUGGGAGAAUAAGUAAACAUUUCAAUUUAAGUGGAAGUUAGGAUUCACUCGAGUCCAGUAAACCUGUAAUUCAGAAAAGCAGAAUAGAAGGCCCAUAAAAGUCACACACUUGUGUGUGUGUGUGCGCGAGUGUGACUGUCCCAACAAAAAUAUUUAAUCAGUAGACGUACAAUAGACCCUGUUACACCAUACAUUGGAAAACAUUUGCAUGUGCAGGGGGGUUAAUUCCAAUUCAAUGCAUCAUAUAGUUUGAAAAUCCAAUCCAGGAAUUAUUUUUAAUAAGGGAUUUUUUUAUUCUCUAAACUGAUGCGUUUCCUUUUUCUCUUGGCUCUUUGGUGACCCGGAGAAGCAGUAAAAAGAUCCCUUUCGCUCUCUGAACUAGCUGCACCCUUCGUUUCCUCAUUUUGCAUCUAAUAGCCACACAGUUAUUGGAUUGUAUGAUUUGAUGUGCUUUUAUAUGACAUUUGCAUGGCGCUCUCCUUGUAUGCAAAUAAUAUGAUGAUAGACUGAUAAAAGCUGGAGCCCUGGGACCUGCCACAUAUUUAGUGGUUGUUUAGAGUCAGCGGUUGGCUAUAUAGUAUAUUUGGGGCAAACGUUUCCCAAGUAGCUUUACUGUAGGCUUAGGGGAGCCAGCUAUAGUUGAGACAUUUUAUGGGAUAACCUCCACUAUAGCUUUUGGCUAACUUUUACACUCACGUGUAAAAGGACAAUGCCUGUGUGUGUAUGUACUGUAUGUGUUUAGUAAUUGUGAGGUAUUAUGCAUUAUGUGAACAGACAACAGGCUAGCGUGCUACUUCAGCAUUAAAGAGGUAAGAGGUAGAAUACAGAAGAACUCAGAUAAAUUAGAAAUGCAUCAGUCGAUCAUUCAUUCAUACAUAAGUAUUUUUUUAUUUAUGAUUUCACAAUGUUUUGGGUGGUUGCCUACUUGUAAACAGGAACGGGAAAGGAAUUGUCUUUCCCUUUGAUCCUUUUCUUAAAUGGCAAUUAUUUAAAAAAAUAGUGGAUACUGCUAAUUCAUGCCCAUUCUGAAUACUUCCAGAAUAAUUCUGAAUGCCAAUUGUAAAAAAAAUGCUUAUAUUCAUAUUCAAUCAGGGCCAGGGUUGGGGUGAAUUCAAAUUUCAAUUCAGUCAUUUCAGGUUAUGAUUUGAAAUCAAAUUAAUUAAUUGAAAAUUGCUCAUUAUUAAAACAAAUUGGGAUGUGGACUUUUACAUUUAUUAAAACAAUUUCAGCUCACACCCAGGGAUGAAUGAGCUAACAUGAAAUUGACUUUAAACUUAAAAAAAGAUACUAAUCUCUUUCUUUCCUUUUGAACAAUUCUGCAGUGCAACAAUAGACACUCACGCUUAGAGCAAUGGUGCUUUCUUCAGUUUUUUUUAAAGUUCCGUGUUUGAAUGUGCUGUUGCUGUUUUUCUUGUUUUACACAUUAGAAAAUGCAUUAAAGGUAUUUUCAGCUGCUGGUCAGUCUAUGAACCUGAAAAAUAUAUUUGAGUUUUCUGUCUGUGACAACAUACUGUAUAAAAAAGUACCCUGUGAGUUGAUUCCACUGUGGAAGAAAGUAUAGUCACAGUACAAGCCACUGGGCCAUGGAUCUAUAACAUUUUGAAAAAUAUUCACCUGUUACAAAAGGGUGGAUUAAAUUGACUAACGGUAUUUCACCUUUGUCAUGCAAACAUUUGGAUUCAAACGUCAAACAUGAUACCUUUCAAAAUGUCAAACCAGAGAAGACAAUUUAUUUGUAUUUUUAUUUUACAUAUAAUUCCUUGUGUUGUUGGUUUUUAUGAAAUGGUUCAUAUACUGUGGUAUGUAAACUGAAUUUCCUUCUUAAGGGUGUGUAAUUGCUGUUGGGCACAUUAGUGCACUUGGAAGGCUAGAUAAAUUAUUUUAUUCACUAAUCAAUAGCAGUGCAUACUAUAACAGUUGAACAUUGGCUGAUGAUGUUUCUUGUCCUUCAAAAGGACAUUUGUUCCGCAUUAUCCUGAUAAAUUGUUGAAUACUAGAAUGAAGUCUAAUUGAAUCCUGACACAAAGUAGCACAUUCUACUGAACAGUACAUUCACACUACUUACAGUGCCUUCAGAAAGUAUUGACUUUUCCAAAAUGUUUGUUGUGUUUGUUGUGUUAAUUUGAGGUUUUGUGUCACACACAAUACCCCAUAAUGUCAAAGUGGAAUUAU